AUGGGAGAGCUUCAAGAAACCUUCAAAUCAAAUGAAGUGAAAGUGACCUUGAAAGGCUUACGCAGCUCGAGGAAACCGCAACGUCUGCCGGUUUUCACCAAAGACAAACUGACGAUGACGAUCAAUACCGCUCCUCUAUCGGCAACUGACAAAAGCUUCAUUAAAAGGGAGAAAAUCAUGAUUGCUCAGCAAAAUUUGCGCCCGUCAGAAGUAUCACCCGAACUACUUAAUGGACAAGACUUCCUGAAUCAGGUGUUCGAACACCACAAUCCAGUUAUAAAGCUACCAUCUGGAUUGGUCCUCACACCCACUAUCUUCGGGUACACAAUCUCAGGAACUGGCAGCAUACCCAAUUCAAUGAAGCAAGUUAGAGAUGUACAGUGUGGUUCGCUUAUUGUGCUACUCCUCUUAUAUCAUCAAAAGACUACUCCCAAAACGGACAAGAAUAUCUCUGCAACGCACUUCUUGCCAAUAUCUGAGAGCCUAUUCCUACUCGCCAGUUCGCUGCACAAGCACCCCUGCUUCUCGAGUAAGAAUGCUCGUGACACGUUUUACGCUUUACUGGAUAGCGUGAACGACUUCAAGCGGAUGGAAUCGGAGAAAGAGUGA